GUAGAAGAUCCACCUUGUAAGAAAUUGUGUCCCAGUCAGUUGAUUGAUUGUGACAGUGCUGAGGCCUGCAGUGAUUGUUCUAGUUCUUUUAUAGAGCUCUUUGCUGCUGGAAGCUGUGUGGCGCCUGCAUGUGCACAGCAUCGUCAGCCUGUGGGAGCUGCUGGAGAGGUAGCGGGCAGGGAGUGGGAGGCUCUGUGCCAUGGGCCUUCUCGCCUUGCUCUCUGGUCUGGUGUGCCAGCUGCUUGGGGACAGCCACUACAGCUGCACCGUGCAUGUUCAUCAGCAUGUGGGGACAGCUCCCAGGGUCAGGGCGUAAAACAAGGCCAAUAUGUGUGGAGUGGUUGAAAUCAUUCAAAAUAUAUUUGCUAACCAGAAGGGAAUUAGCACCAGAAGGGAGUUAGCACCAGAAGGAAAUUUGGCAAAUCCACAGUAUUUGGGAAUUAAGCAGCAUCUAUCUUUGUCCCUCCUCUUUUUUCCCUCCCCCUCUUUUCUUUAUUCCUUUUCUUCUACACUGGGGCACUGUACCACUGAGCAACAUUCCAACCCUAUGUAUUUACUUUAGGGUCUUGCUAAGGCCAAGGAUGGUCUGAGGUUGGGAUCCUGGUGCUUCAGCUUCCUGAGUGACUGGAAUUACAGAUGUGAUAUCCCCUUGUACCUGGUUUAAGCAACAUAUCUCUAAGUAACUGAUGGGUUAUAUAAUCACAAAGGAAAGUAGAACCUAUCUUGAGAGGAAUGAAAAUGAGAGCAGUAUACUAAAAUUUACAGGGUACGGCUAAUGAAAUGUGUAAAAGACAAUUUAUGGUUGUGAAAGCCUCUGUCUGGAAAGAGAGUAUUUAUUCUCAAAUCAGUUUAGGUUUGGACUUUAGAAACCAGGAAAAGGAGAGGAAACUAAGUCUGAAGAAAGUAAUAAGAGAAUCAAAACAAAAAACAGUGAAAUGGAAAAUAGAGAAAAUAAAAGAAAAACAAAAAUGCCUUGAACAGAAUUAAUCACCGGGCCACCCAUUGUCAGCUAUUUGUGUUUAAGUGAGCUGUGUGGAGAUAGUCCUUGUGUCAUUUGCAGGCUGGAAGGCUACUUGACUUGGGCAGAGGCCUAGCCAGCAAUAGUGAGCCUUUUAGAGUUUUCAGUGAUACAGACAGCCCGCUGCAGCAUGCACGCCGUAGGUUCCCACUGCUUUUCCUGGCUGGUCCUCACUGACCCCACUUCCUAGUGAAGUGGGUAUUAACGGUGGUGCCUGUGGAGGGUCAUGAGUUUGAGAUCAUUCUAGGCUGGCUGUAAAGAUCCUGUCUCAAAACAGAGAGCAUAACUGCCUUUUGAGAGAGAUGGAUGAGAGGACAGGCUCCAUCAGGUAUCUGUGUGUCCCCAGCCAUCCUGAUGUGCAGGCUGUGACAGCAUGGCUCUUCAGGAACCUGCGCCUGCUGUGUGAGCAGAUGGAAGUAUCCUGCCCGUCCGACGACACCACCAAGGCUAUGCUUUCUGAUUUUGUGCAGCUGUUGAUUUUGAGGGCAUUUCAGGACAACUUGGAUUUGGGAAGAACCGUAGAUCCUGAUAAGAUGCCUCAGGUCGCCCUCAGUGUGCUGCAGAGAAUGCUGAGCUUUGUGCUGGACUCCCUGGCGGCUGGCCUUCAGGAGUCGUCUCUGGCUCAUAAGGCAGUGAGGUGCUGGUUGGAUAUGUUCAGUGUGCACGUGUGUUGUGUGAUUGCGCCAGAUCCUCUAAAGAAGUUCUUCCGACACACACUGGUCCAAAUUCUCACGCACAGCCCUGUGCUGAAAGUGUCAGAUGCCAUCCAGAGGCAGAAAGAGUGGAGCUUUGCGAGAACACACCCACUGCUCACCUCUCUCUUUCGCCGGCUCUUUGUGAUGCUGAGCCCUAAGGAGGCAGUCAGCUGUCUGCAGGAAGUUCUGGAGGAGCAGGAGGUUAACUGGCAGCGUGUGCUGUCCUGCGUGUCUGUGCUGGUCACCUGCUUCCUCGAGGCAGGGCAGCUGGUGAGAGAUUGGGUGGCCCAUUUGAUGGCCGUUGCCUUUGAGAGCUUCCACCUGGACAGCAUGGUCACUGCAUUCCUGAUUGUGCGCCAAGCUGCAUUGGAGGGCCCUGCAGUGUUCCCGUCCUAUGCAGACUGGUUUAAGGCCUCCUUCGGGAGCUCAAGUGGCUACCACAGCUGCAGUAAGAAGGCUCUGGUCUUCCUUUUCAAGUUCCUGUCCGACCUCGUGCCCUGGGAGACCCCCCGGUACCUGCAGGCACACAUUCUCCACCCACCAUUGGUCCCCAGCAAGUACCGCUGCCUCCUGGGCGACUAUGUCUCACUGGCUAGGACACGGCUGGCUGACCUCAAGGUUUCCUUGGAGAACAUGGGACUAUAUGAGGAUGUGUCCUUGGCUGGCGACAUUGCAGAGCCCCAUAGCCAGGCAGUCCAGGAUGUAGAGAAGGCCAUCUUGAUGUUUGAACACACAGGGAAAGUCCCGGUUCCCAUCCUGGAGGCCAGCAUAUUCAGGAGAUCCUACUACAUGUCGCACUUCCUUCCUGCUCUGCUCACACCACGUGCGCUCCCUGAGGUCCCUGAUGCACGGGCAAUGCUCAUCGAGUCUCUGAGGAGGGCAGACAAAAUUCCCCCAUCUGUGUAUGCCACCUACCGUCAAGCCUGUGCCACUGCUGAGAAAGAGAAGCCAGAAAGUGCAGACCCAGGAAUGGGGACAGAACCUGGCUGUGUGGAAGAGGCCCUGGGACCACUCAAGGCUGCACUAGGACAGCUCACAGCCUUGAUGACCAACCCGAUGCAGUAUGAUGCUGUGUCUGCUCAGAUGGCUGUGAUUGCUGAAAAGCUUGAUGCUGUCUUGGGUCGCAGGAGAGAUGAUACCUGUUGUGAGGAAAUGAAGAUUCAGCUCAGCACCUUUGCCCCAGAUGUCCCACAGCAGUAUCAGGUGGUUGUGGAUCUGCUGCUGACAGCUUUCUGUCAGGACCUGAUGGCAGCCUGCAGCUUUGUCCCGCCAGAGAGGCAGGGCCCCUGGGCCACACUCUUUGUGAGGACUUUGUGUGGUCAUGCAUUGCUACCUGCAGUUCUUGCCCGGUUCUGCCAGCUGCUACGUCACCAGGGCCCAAGUCUGAGUGCUCCACACGUGCUGGGCUUGGCUGCCCUGGCUGUCCACCUGGGGGAGACCAGGGCUACACUCCCAGAGGUGGACCCACACCCUGCUGUAGCCACCCACAGCCUUCCUGUCCCCGAGUUCCUCAAUGACCUCUUGUCCUGCCAUGCCGGAGAGUCUGCACUGUUCUGCCUAAAGUUCUGUACAGCAGCAAUCACCUACUCUUGGUGCAAGUUCUCUCCUCGGCCCCAUGGGGCCCUGCGCAGCUGUUUACCUCCAGGCCUUAUCAAAAAGUUUCAGUUUGCUGUGUUCAGAUUGGUUUCAGAGGCCCGAGAGCCUCACCCUGUGCAGAAUGAGGACAGCCUUCCCUGGAGACUUUUGUGCCUUCCUUCUGCAGAGUGGCAGAACGCUGUGCUUGCUCUGUGGCGACAGAGCAGCUUCCAGGAGCUGCUGGCAGAGCCGGAGUUUCGGUUGACUUACAGAGACUGGCUACAGCAGGAAUUGGAGGUGUCCGCUGGAGCUGAUCCUCUGUCAGACACAGAAAGGCAGGAAUUCCACCAGUGGGCGAUCCAUGAGCACUUCCUCCCUGCGCCAUUGGCUUCAGGGGGCUGCGAUGGGGACCUGGAGGUAGCAUGUGCGGGUCUCAUCGAUGUGUUGAUGGACUUCUACCAAAGUCCGAGGAACUGUGACCACACCGAGAGCUCUGACUGGCCCCGUGGUGGCCACAAAGGCAACAGCGACCUGUUCUGCCGGCUACAGGAGAUGGCUGCCGACCUUGAACUUGGGUGUCCUGUCUCUCAGGGACACUUUGUCUUUGGGGUGUUUCACAGACGGCUUGAGGCCCUGUCAAGUGAGAGAGGUGUGGCUGACAGCCUCUGGAGACAGCAGGAGAUCCUCAUGUGUAAACGGCUGCUGCUCCACCUGCCUCCCUCUGUUCUCCUUGGCAAACUACACGCUGAGGAGCCUGCCAUGCCCAGCUGUGAGGAAUUCUUCUACCUGGUCAACUCUGAGCUGGUGGGUGCUGUGCAGAGAAACUUCUGCAGCCACGGUGGCGCCCUGAGCCUGACCCAUGACAUCACCGUCCACUUCUUUAGGGGGCUCCUGAACACCUGCUGCCGCAGCCUGGAUCCCUCACUGACUGUCAACCUCACCCUGGCCAAGUGCCAGGCUAGAUGCCCUCUGAUGGUGACCUCAGCACUGUUGUGGUGGUCAAGCCUGGAGCCAGUGCUAUGCAGUCGUUGGCGAAAGUUUGGCCAAGGCAGGCUGCCUCACGAACUACAGAGGCUGCAAGAGGCUCAUCAGUUUGCCCAUAGCUUCUUCUCCCCAGACUCGACUUCUGCUGCCCCCACCCCCGCCUGGGUCUCUGCUGCGGCACUACACUUUGAAGUCCAACGAGUCGGGAAGGACAAUGCAAGGAGACUGCUGAAGAAGCUGGACUGCGUGAGAGAGGAGCUCUUGGCUCCUUUCUUUUUCUUCUCCUUGCUCAGCCUGCUGUCAUCACACCUGAUCCCAAGCGCCAUAGCUGACUCACUGAUGGCCCUGGAGGUCUGUGCAGAGAUCCUCGCUUGUCUGGAGAGGAGGAAGCUGCCCUGGCUGGGACUUUUCCAGUUGGCUGAGACAGAUGCUGGGCUGGGUCACCUCCUCCUCCACUUGGCUCCUGAUCAGCAUACCAGGUUGCUGCCGUUUGCCUUCUAUAGUCCUUGUUCUAGGCUCCUCCCCUACUUUGAUGAAGCUGCUACUAUCAUGGAUGAGGGCUUCCUGCGUGUUGCUGUCGACAUGUACCUCCAGCUGGUCCAGCUCUUCGUGGGAGGGGAGACCACUGCAGUGUCAGCCCUAAUUGGCAGAAGCUCACAGCUGCAGGGCCAGCCUGGGCCCCAGGGGAGCUCCGUGGAACUGAUAGCCAAAGCACGACUCUUCCUGCUGCAGAUAAUACCCCGGAGCCCACAAAAGAGCUUCUCAGGCAUAACGAAGCUGCUGGCUGGCCGAGCAGACUGCGACCCUGAAGUCACCAGUGCCCUCCUGCACAGGCACCAGUCUAUGACCGGCGUGUACCAAGAACCCCAUCUCUUUUGAUAUGGACCCAUUAUAGGACCAGCCUUGCUCCUUUGUAAAUAAUUUAUUACAAGCAUCACAAGGAGCUCCUGUUGUACUAGAAAGUGGAUUACAAGUCUCCUUGAUUGCUUUAA